AGGGAACAUAAACAUAACCACAUUGACGCGACCGUGAACAGACGGAGAAAUAAAUUGCAGUAGGCUGUAUCUGUAUGGAAAUAAGCACUUAAAUAUGUGAAUUGAUAUGGUGUCUUGGUGACAUAAAGCGUAACGUAAUGUAAUGCUGUGUUACUAAGAGUCCACAGAGAUGUCUCUCAUCAGCUGCAUGCACAGCCUCAGUCGGGUCAUAUGUAAAGGCUCUCCCAGUGUCUUUCACACUGUCUCUCCAAUGUUAAGACCACUCCCGACUGGACUCACAUGUGUUUUGGCAGCCGGCAAAAAGGAUUUUAUAGACCUGCCUGUCCUCAAUGAGGACGAGUUUGAGGAGCAGUUUGUAAGAGGAUCUGGACCAGGAGGACAAGCCACCAACAAAACCAGCAACUGUGUGGUGCUCAAACACAUCCCCACUGGGAUUGUCGUCAAGUGCCAUCAAACCAGAUCAGUGGAUAUAAAUCGAAAGCGUGCUCGGGACAUUAUGAGAGAGAGACUUGAUGUUUUCAAUAAAGGAGAAGAGAGUGAAAUUCUUGUAAAGAAGAAAGAGUCUGAACUGAGGAAACAAGAGAAGAGGAGGAAGGCAAACGAGAACCUGGAGAGAAAAAGACUUUUUAAAGAGGCACUGGCUGCAGAAUCUAAACCUGGGAAUGACACAGUUUAAAAUGUUUGUGUUGAAUAUGAAAUGAAUGAAGACAUGAAUGAUCCUGCAUUUAAUAUGCAAAUACUGUAUCACAAAAACUUUAAAGGCACUGUCAACAUUAUAAAAUCAAAUUAGCCUUUAUUUGUGUAGCAUCUUGCACAUAAUCAUGUGAUGC